AUGUCGGCCCUUGAGAAUUCACAAGCGAGAGAUCCGACAUACUACAAGAUGGAUCUUUCCAAAUACCUACCGCCAGGAACUGAUAAUGUCGACCAAUUGGGAGAGAAUGCAAGACAGCCACGGCCACCGACAGCACCUAAACGUCCCCUCCCAGAAUGGCCGCCUGAGUCUGACCGAAAAGGGAAAUGGAUCUCAAAGUAUUUCGAUCAACUGGACCCUGAGACGGAAUAUGAUCAGCUCAUUAGGACAGCAAACUUUUUCACCGGAACGAGCUUUGCCGUCGCGAUUGGAUACUGCGCAACAUUCAUCCAUCUGACCCAGACACCAGCUGCUGCUGCCGCUAUACACUCGACCGGAAAAUCCUGGCGCGUACCUCAUCGCCGUUUCUACGAGACCCAGAACCGUUUCCUGGAUUGGAUGUGGUUUGGCAGUGGAUCAGAAGAAACGAAGAAUAGCAUUGAAGUCGUCAACAAACUUCACGCCAGGGUAUGGAGAAACUUGCCUGGAACAUUUAGCGCCCCUUGGGAGGGUCAAAUGUCGGUGAUUGGGUCUGCCUAUUUCGAAACAUGUCUAAGAAAACUCUGUGGAGCCCGAAAUCAGGAGCCUCAUCCACACUUGGCGGCUGCAUGGCCUGCUUGGACAGAGCGCGUACUGGCUCAUUUCAAGACCGAGCCUUCGGAUGGGUCUCGAGGCUUUGCCGUCAACUCUCCCCGAAAUUGGGAAGAGCUGGAGGGUUUCUUCCAGUGGUUCCAAAAGCUCCCUUUCGAUCAGUGGACCAACGAAGAAGACCAAGCAAAAGGACGGAAGCUUGCGUCGGAAUUUGUCGAAGAGUUUAGUACCUGCUGGUUUCCGAGGUAA